AUGGCCCACCACCGCAGGAUCGAGCUCCAGUCUCCAGCAGACUUCACAUAUCUCUAUGCAAACACCGUCGCCCUCUCAAGGCGCCAACUCGACCUCCACAUUCCCCCCUCCGCUACCGAAAAAGAAGCUCCCGAUCCCAUGCGCGAACGCGUUCGCGAGCUAGUCGACGAAUACAUCCACAAAACCUUCGACACAGCAUCCGCCUCAAUCAGCAUCAACGGGAUCGACUCCACGUCCCCCCAAUUCCCAUUCCCAGCCGCAUUCACAGAACCAGUCGAGCAAGUCGAAUACGAAGCAUAUGACAGCGAACUUGCGGCGCGCGUGACAUCUCUCUACGCGCAGCUGGAAUCACUGAACACAACAGUCGCGCAGCAUCGACGAGACGCGCCGAGACGCGCCGCGAAAGAAUAUGCGGCGCAGUUGAAGAAGAUGAUUCAGGAGGAUGAGGAUUAUGAGGCUCAGAUGUCUGAGUCUAUGGAGAGAGAUGGGAAAGAGGGCUCUGAGGGGACGGCUGUUGACCCGGCUUGGAACUUGGAGGCUGCGCUUGGGACGGAGGAGGAGAAGGAGCGUUGGGGGAGUGGGGAUAUUGCGGGGGUUUAUGAGGAUACGUUACGGAUGUUGUUGAGGUUGCAGGGUGAAGAUGCUGUGGAGGGUGAGGGUGAGGCUUUGGCGACGACGGUUGGGAAGGCGGAGCGCGCUGGGCGUGCUGCUGAGGUGGUGGAGAAUAUGAUGAAAUAA